CACCGAAACAAACCCCAACCUCCUUCUUCUUCUUCUCUAUCUCAUUCCUUCCUUUAUUUUGUCUUCGUGUGCUUCGGAAUCGACGCCAUGGAGGUUGAAGAAGAAGUGAGACGGAUCGUGGAGCAGGUUAAGGAGCUUCACGACUCUGCGACCUCCUUCGUCUCUUCUUCUUCCCACGAAGAGCUCUCCCUCCGCAAGAGAUCCUCCCUCGUUGACGCUUCAAUCACCCGCCUACACUCCAUCCUUCUCUCCGACAAACAUCAUGAUCCCAAGCUUCUCGAAAAGCUAGAGGAGGAUCUGCAACGGGCUAGGUGCAUGCUUGCAGAUGGAGACACUUCCUCUUUUCUCCCCUCCAAACCUCAAGGACGCUUUGUGAGGAUGUUCUUAGGGCCAGUCAAUGUUCGAGCCUCGAGGAAAGAUAUACAGCUUAAAGUCAAAGAAGAAUACAAUAGCUACAGAGAUAGAACAGCUCUUCUUUUCCUUGUUUUCCCUGCAAUACUUUUGACCCUAAGAUCUUAUGUAUGGGAGGGAUGUCUGCCUGCAUUCCCUGUUCAGCUCUACCAGGCUUGGCUUCUGUUCCUUUAUGCUGGUUUGGCUAUGCGAGAGAACAUUUUGAGAGCCAAUGGGAGCGAUAUCCGUUCUUGGUGGCUUUAUCAUCAUUACUGUGCCAUGGCUAUGGCCCUUGUCAGUCUCACAUGGGAGAUCAGAGGUCAACCAAAUUGCGUUCAGAAGCAGAAAGGAGUCCGUCUUUUCCUCCAGUGGGCUAUGAUGCAAGGUGUUGCGAUGCUUCUGCAAAACAGAUAUCAGCGCCAAAGAUUAUACACUCGCAUUGCACUAGGAAAGGCUAAGAGGAUGGACGUUGUAUGGGGAGAAACGGCUGGAGUAGACGGGCAAUUAUUGCUGUUGUGUCCUAUUUUGUUCACUCUACAGCUUAGGGCUUUGAAGCAUAUGUUGGACUGCAGUUGCUCAGGACAGCACUAACUGGGGUAGUCGGCGAAUGGCAGGUAUUGAUUUGUGGAAUACUUCUGGUUGUGAUGGCAAUUGGAAAUUUCAUAAACACGGUAGAAACGUUGAUGGUGAAGUCAAGGUUCAAGGCUAAGAUGAAGCGAAGUAAAAGCAGAGCAGAGCUCGAUUAAACUAUCAAACUUAUAUUUAACUACAGCUUCAUAGUGCCCAACUUUGGAGCUUUCUCCCCAUUAUUUAUUUUACUUGAUAAAUUUUUGUAUACUUGGCGCACACGUGACCUAAGGUUCUGAAAAAAGCCCUUUCUUUGUGUAAAUGGAAGUGGGAAUUGAUAGUUGAUGGAUUGGAUUGAGUUUUGUAUAACUUUAACAUAACAUUUGUUGGGUUUC